AUGACUCAACAAGCAGCAGAAGAAGAAAUCACACUCGUUGUGAAUGACAAUGAUUCGGGAGUUGUAGCUGUUGAAGAUCAACAACAUUCCGAACAGCAAAAACAAUUAACCGCCAUUGAUAAUUAUUCUCUUAAUAAUAAUGAUCAGAACCUCAUUGGAUUCAAGCCAAUUACAUUAGAUUCCAACCUCCGAUAUCGAAAUAAGAAAUUCAAAGCAGAGUUGAAUGGUGAUUUUCUGAUAUUGCGAAAUUUGGAGGGAAAGAAGAGCAACGACAAUUUGGUGCCUCUCUUGACGAUUGAAAUGGAAUCUAUAUUUGCUGUUCAUAAGAAAACGGAUCAACCUCUUGUGUUUGUUGUGUUUACAUUUAGGGCAAAGGAUUGUAAGAAGAUUGUUUAUGAAUUUGAGGCUUUGGGGAAUGAAGAAUGUGCAGAGUGGGUUGAUAGUAUUAGAUCGAAUGCUUUUAAAACUAAUUUAAUCAUGUCGGGAUCUAAAUCAUUUGGAAAUCGUAGAGUUUUGCUUUUUAUUAAUCCAUUCAGUGGAAAGAAGACUGGAACCAAGAUUUUUGAGAAACAAAUCAAGCCAAUGCUUGAUGUUGCUCAUCUUUCAUAUGAUGCAAUUAUUACAGAGAGGGCAGAUCAUGCAUUUGAGUUUUGUUCUACCUCUGAUAAGAUUUUGGAAUAUACAGAUAUUUGUGGAAUGGGAGGAGAUGGUAUUAUUUAUGAAAUAAUCAACGGAAUUGGAAAGAGAAAGGAUUGGAAGAAUGUAUUUGAUCGUGUCAGGAUUGGUCAUAUUCCAGGAGGAACUUCCAAUGCUUUGGCUGUAUUUUCUGGAUCUCAAGUUAAAAGUGGAAAGCCAGCAGUUCCUGAAAUGGCCGCCUUUAUUAUCGCCAGAGGGUUCCAUCAACCUAUGGAUCUUUUAUCCUGUUUUCAAGAGGCCAAUAAGAGAUACAUCUCAUUCCUGAGUAUUACUUGGAGUGCUAUUGCAGAUGUGGAUAUUGGCACUGAAAAUAUGAGAUGGCUGGGUGCAGCCAGAAACACGGUCGGAGCUAUCAAACAAAUUAUGAACAAGAAGGCAUACAGAGGAAAGCUUAAAUAUGUUCAACAAUCUCAAGAAUUGAAACGUGUAAAAUCUCUGAAAAACAUUCGAGAGAAUGAACAAAGGUAUUCAUCCUAUACAGAGAGUAGUAUUGAAUUUUUACAAGGAAAGGAAAAUGAAAAGGGUCAACUAAGUUGUCCACUCUUGGAACAAUAUUUCCAUGAGGAAUUUAAGAAAUUGGCUCCAGAAUAUUGUUCUGAAAAGGAACCAAAUAUCACUGAGGAUUCCACCAAUUCUCACUUGGAAGUCAAAGAAAUUGAGGACAGAUUUUGCAUGUUCCUGGCCGCCAAUAUUUCACACAUUUCCUUUGAUUUCAUUGCCUCACCAAUGGCUCACCAUCAUGAUGGUUACAUUGAUUUGGUCUAUGUGAAGGAUGACAUUUCAAGAGGAGAUUUCCUCAAUAUCUUUUUGGCAGCAGAGAAGGGAGAUCAUAUUUUUGAAAAGUGUGUUGAUUUGUCGAAAGUGAAGGCAUUCAUGCUUACACCAAUUGAUACUGGAUCGUUUGUUGUUGUGGAUGGAGAGGCUGUUGAUUAUAGUCCAAUACUUGUAGAGGUUCAUCCUUCUUGUUGUAAACUUUUAACUUUGUAA